GGUCCGGAGCCGCCGGGUUUCCCCGUGUCCGCCACCUUCCCCUCUCCGCCCUCCGCGGCCGUUUCCGGGGCCGCUCGCCGGGGCCAUGAAGCCGCGGGUGUGAGUGACGAGCCGCCAGGCCACCCACCCUCCAGCCCCACCCGGAGCCCGAUCUCGAGACCGAGACCCCGACCCCGACCCCGCCCAGCCGCGGUUCCCAUCCUACCAGAAGCCUGCUAAGUAGUUAAUGCGGAAGGUAAAGAAGUUGCGCCUGGAAAGCAAGACCACCAGAAGUUGGAGAAGUUUCUCACUCAUCUCUGAGGGGGAAGAAAGGAUGACCACUGUGGAUGUUCUGCCUGAGAGGCCUGAUGUGGUGGAGAUGGAGGACCCCUCCUCGCCCUUCCAGGUGGAGAAGCACUCGUGGGAUGGGCUUCGGGACAUCAUUCACAGCAGCAGGAAGUACUCAGGCAUGAUAGUGAACAAGGCCCCACAUGACUUCCAAUUUGUCCAGAAGACAGAUGAGUCAGGCCCUCACUCUCACCGGCUUUAUUACCUUGGGAUGCCUUAUGGCAGCCGUGAGAAUUCUCUCCUUUACUCAGAAAUUCCCAAAAAGGUACGCAAAGAGGCCCUGCUGCUGUUAUCAUGGAAACAGAUGCUGGAUCAUUUUCAGGCUACCCCACACCAUGGCAUGUACUCUCGGGAAGAAGAGCUUCUGAGGGAGCGUAAGCGUCUUGGUGUGUUUGGUAUCACCUCCUAUGACUUCCACAGUGAAAGUGGCCUCUUCCUCUUCCAAGCCAGUAAUAGCCUCUUUCAUUGCCGAGAUGGGGGCAAGAAUGGAUUCAUGGUGUCUCCCAUGAAGCCACUAGAAAUCAAAACCCAGUGUUCUGGGCCUCGUAUGGAUCCCAAGAUCUGCCCUGCUGACCCUUCCUUCUUCUCAUUCAUAAAUAACAAUGAUUUGUGGGUGGCGAAUAUUGAGACCGGAGAGGAGAGACGGAUGACGUAUUGUCAUAAAGGUUUGUCCAGUGUCUUGGAGGACCCCAAGUCAGCAGGGGUAGCUACCUUUGUCAUCCAGGAAGAAUUUGAUCGGUUUACAGGCUACUGGUGGUGCCCAACAGCUUCCUGUGAAGGAUCUGAUGAUCAUAAGACUCUGCGAAUCUUAUAUGAAGAAGUAGAUGAGUCAGAAGUGGAGAUCAUUCAUGUUCCCUCUCCUGCUCUGGAAGAAAGAAAAACUGAUUCCUAUCGGUAUCCCCGGACAGGCAGCAAGAACCCCAAGAUUGCUUUAAAACUGGCUGAAUUUCAGACAGACAAUCAGGGAAAGAUGGUUUGCGCUCAGGACAAAGAGUUGGUGCAGCCGUUCAGCAAACUCUUCCCGGCGGCGGAGUACAUCGCCAGGGCUGGAUGGACACGAGAUGGCAAAUAUGCCUGGGCCAUGUUCCUAGACAGGCCUCAGCAACGGCUCCAGUUGGUUCUCCUUCCCCCUGCCCUUUUCAUCCCGGUCCCAGAGAGCGAAGAACAGCGCCUUGAAUUUGCCAAAGCCGUCCCUGAAAAUGUCCAGCCGUAUAUUGUUUAUGAAGAGGUUACAGAUGUGUGGAUAAAUGUGCAUGAUAUUUUUUAUCCUUUUCCCCAAUUGGAAGGAGAUGAAGAGAUCUGUUUUCUUCGAGCCAAUGAAUGCAAGACUGGCUUUUGCCACCUGUACAAAGUCACAGCAGUGCUAAAACCAAAUGGUUAUGACUGGACCCAGCCUUUCAUUCCUGGGGAAGAUGACUUUAAAUGCCCCAUCAAAGAGGAGAUUGCCUUGACCAGUGGUGAAUGGGAGGUUUUGGCAAGGCAUGGAUCCAAGAUCUGGGUGAAUGAGGAGACGAAGCUGGUGUAUUUCCAGGCCACUAAGGACACGCCCCUGGAGCACCAUCUCUACGUGGUCAGUUAUGAGUCUUCUGGUGAGAUUGUGAGACUUACCACGCCGGGCUUCUCACACAGCUGCUCCAUGAGCCAGAACUUUGACAUGUUCAUCAGCCACUACAGCAAUGUGAGCACCCCACCCUGCGUGCACGUCUACAAGCUGAGUGGCUCUGAUGACGACCCACUCCACAGACAGCCUAAGUUCUGGGCCAGCAUGAUGGAGGCAGCCAGCUGUCCCCCAGAUUAUGUGCCUCCUGAAAUCUUUCACUUCCAUACGCAGUCUGAUGUGGAGCUGUAUGGCAUGAUCUACAAACCUCACAAUGUCCAGCCUGGAAAAAAGCAUCCCACAGUGCUCUUUGUAUAUGGAGGACCUCAGGUACAACUAGUUAACAACUCUUUCAAAGGCAUUAAGUAUUUGAGACUCAAUACGUUAGCAUCUCUUGGCUAUGCUGUGGUGGUGAUUGACGGCCGGGGCUCUUGUCAGCGAGGACUCCAAUUUGAAGGGGCUCUGAAAAACCAAAUGGGUCAGGUAGAAAUAGAGGACCAGGUGGAAGGGUUACAUUUUGUGGCUGAGAAGUACGGUUUCAUCGACCUGAAUCGAGUCGCCAUCCACGGCUGGUCUUACGGCGGCUUCCUUUCCCUCAUGGGGCUGAUUCACAAGCCCCACGUGUUCAAGGUUGCCAUUGCGGGUGCCCCAGUCACAGUUUGGAUGGCCUAUGAUACUGGAUAUACAGAGCGGUACAUGGAUGUCCCAGAGAACAACCAGCAGGGUUAUGAGGCAGGCUCUGUGGCAUUGCAUGUGGAGAAACUGCCUAAUGAGCCAAAUCGCUUGUUGAUCCUCCACGGUUUCCUGGAUGAAAAUGUGCACUUUUUCCACACAAAUUUCCUCGUUUCCCAGCUAAUCCGGGCUGGAAAGCCCUACCAGCUGCAGAUCUACCCCAAUGAGAGACACAGUAUUCGCUGCCCUGAGUCAGGAGAGCACUACGAAAUCACACUGCUGCACUUUCUACAAGAAUACCUCUGAGCACACGGUCUCGGCCAGACCCAUGGAACACUGACAGCUCACCUCUGACCCCUAAUAGCCUUCUUAUCCAGAGCACAAAUGGCCAGCGGCCCACCUCCUGGCUCCCCAUCGCUUGGCCUGAGCAUGGGGAAGGGGCCAAGGAUGCUUGGAAUGGUGCCUCCUCCCUUGACUCACCCCUGUGGAAUUGCUCUCCAUUGCCAGCUGACGCUUGUCAUUUUUUUUAACGUCCCUCUAUUUUGGCUCCUACUUCUUGGAUCCCAGGACUGAAAGACAGUGGCCAAUCUCCACCGAGGCUCCCUUUCUGCAUCUCCCUCCUACCUGUUUUACAGCUCUCUGGUGGGGAAUGAGAUAAAAAGCCUUGAAGUGGCUGGAGUUUGGUGGGGGGAGAGGGAGGAGCAUCCAGAGCCAAGAUAAGCGAAUUAGGAAAGCGGCCUUAAGGCAGGAAGCUGUGGCUUCCUGACUGGCCACCUGCUUCUGGUCCCCUGAGACAAACAGCAUAGGAGCAGACAUCUGGGACCUAGGCACGUGGUCUCUCCCUCCUCCACACUUGGUUUCUUCAUGAUUGGAGCUUUUACCUAUGAUGGGCAGCUUGAGAGGUUUAUCUGGGGCUGUUGGAGGGGUGGCCUGGCUGCUUAGGGCUGUUGGGAUGGCUCAGAGCACUUGCUCUUCUUCUGAUCCCCAGAAUGGGUGGAUCAUUGCCAGCAGGUAUCUUGGCCACUAGGAUGGGUCAUCCACCCAGAGGCUCCAGGAGUGUCAUCCAGGAUUUUUUCCUAGAUGAGAUGAAAUGAAUAUUUAUGUUUCCUGUCCUGUUUCCUCUCUGGUUCUUCUCCAUCAGUCUCUCCCCUCCUCCCCAGUACCAUUCCCUGAGCUUUCAGGCAUGCACUGAAAUAUUUGCUGGGCUUCAGUUCUCUGCAGGUCAGUGACUGUUCUCCCUCGCCAUCUCUCCUGCAAUGCAUCUUUGUUCACCUAGCUCACGUGAAUCACGCGUCCGGGGUUGGGAAUUAGAACCAUCCCACCUCAGGGUAAUCCCUUCCCCUUCCCACCUUCCUUCCCAGCCAAGAGUUCCGCCAGGGGCGUUAAAGAAAAGUAAACGAACCACAUCUACUUUGCCCGAGUAUUUUAAGUGCGUAUUAUGAAAAGAAAAUAUUUUUGUGGAUUCUUAUUCUUUUAUAAUUAUGAGUGUAAGACGUAGCAACUCAUUAAAAAUAUUACAAAUGGCAGCCUAGCAUCUGGUGGAGUGUUCUUUGAAGCGAAGAUUCAGGUGGGUCGGGCCUCUCCAUGUAACUGGAAGGAGUGGGGUGUGUGUGAGCAGGUUUGGGAGGACAACCCCAGCCUGACCCCUUGCCAAACUGGGAGGAAGGAACAUUGGAACUGGAAUGAAAGGAACUGGAGUUAAAGUAGAGCAUUUCCUCUGUGACCUGGGAAAGUUACAUUAACUCUUUGGAUCUCCACUUGUGCCUCUCUAAAAUGAGGGGGUUGGACUAAAUGAUGGCAAAAGAACUUCCCAGCCAGAGAGCCUAGGAACUAUGAAUAGCCCGUGUCAGAUGUUGGCUAUUGUGGUAGAUAGAGAGAGGCCCAUCUAUCUACUGAUUCAGUGUGUCUGCUAUUUUUGCAAGGGAAUAGCUUCCUCUUCUUGUUCAAGAAGGUGCCGCCUACCCAGACGUGGCUAGCGUGCUCCAUCUGGAGGACUUGCCGCCUCCGUCAGUAAACUGUACAGCAAUGACUGACCUGCUGACUUUCAAACCAACAGUGCCUUUGAUAAAGUUUUAAGGAGGGCAAAUUCUUACUAUUCCUUGUGCUUCCCACACAGAGCAGUGAAUUGGAAGCCAGAGAAUCUUAGGGCUCAGCCCUCUCGUUUUACAGAUGAGGAAACAGGCCCCUAGAGAGGCUCUCAAGGUCACACAGCCUUUAAGUCAGAGCCAGAAUUGGAACCCAAGUCUUCUGUUGAAAGGCAAGAUAACAACCUUUUUACAGUCAGAGGUACCUGUCCUGUGUACCGCAGAACAUAAUAAACUGGAAUGAAGAUAUUUUAUUACAGUAAUUUGCCUGAAACUUUCAGUUAACCAGUUGUGACAGCAAUAGAUGGAGGCAGUUGUCUUCCAGACAUUAAAUGACUUCCAAAGGUAGUUAGACACUAGAUUAGGUUAAAUUGUGGAGAAAGGGAAGAUGCUGGAUUCUAAUCCUGGCUUUGUCACUCUGUAAAUGUUUGAGGCAAGAUUCUAACUUAGUCAAGUCAAACCACCUUACCACCUUGACUGCCAUUCUUGCCCUGUACACCCUGAAACAGUCUAAGACCAUGAGCCUUUGGGAAUGAUGUGGCCUUGAUCGACCAGAUUUCCUUCCAGCCCAGUCUCACCACAGCCACUGAGGGGAGAAAUUGUGGAAAGUGGACCUAAGUUCCUCAUCAACAUAGGCAACCGCUGCUGACCAACUGCCACUAACAGGCAGAUAGAUACAAGAACUAUGAGAGUGGCAGCACUGUUGUCCCUCCAUAACCCCACCCACCCACCCACCCCGCAACUAGUCCGGUUUCUAGCCCUGACUUUUCAGCCACUGUCCAGGAAAGUGACUCCUGUGGAGUGGUGGCCAGCCAGCCAUACCAGCUGCCUGCCACUCACCAGGCAGGCCAGCCGGCACUCCAAGGGAGAGGAAAAUUAAACCACCACCUCCUUGGAUACCAUCUCCCCUUGGACCCUGAGGAAGACAGCCCAGGACGCUGGACCUGGGAAUAGCAAUGCUUCGAGUACAGCGCCCACAGUGAUCAGCCUGGAAACUAAGUGCUCCUUCAAGGUGCUACAACUCCCAUAUACUGAAGACCCAGAAAAGAAAGCUCUUGUCACUGAAGUCCUGGGUACCGUCAAAUGGUUCAACAUCAGACAAUGGCAUGAUUUUUAUCAGCGGAAACGACAUUAAAAAAGAGGCAUUAAGAUCUGCUUUUGGGGCUGCACCCAAAGGAGCAUGGGACUUUUCCAUCUGACUUCCAGCUAAAACCUUCCAUAUGUAUUAUUUCCUCCAUUAGACUGUGAGCUCCUUGAGGGCAGGGACUAUCUUCCUUUCCUAUUUGUAUCUCCAAUACUUAGCUUUGCAUAUAGCAAGCGCUUAA